AGCCUUAGACACACACUCACACCAAACACAUUAACUCUGCUAAUGAAGUAGUGAGCAGCAGCACCUCCUGACCGCCAUUCCGCACCAAAAACUUUCCAUUUUCCUCUUCCCACUCUCUGGGACUUCCUUUUGAUUCUGCUGUGUGGAGGAGGAGGAGUGUGUGUGUGUGGUGGUGGGAUUUACAGUCUCCUUUAACGCUUGCUGGGACCUAGGAAAAGAAGAGUUACACCAUGUACUGCAAGUGAAAAAGUCUCUGUGUGUGUUUCUUGCAGAAGUUGAGGCUUUUCUCUGCUGCUUCCAGAAGUGAAAGCUGUGCCUUUAAUACACGUUGAGUGAGGUACCCAAGGAUAGGAAACUGGCCUGAAGGGAAAAUCUGGGGGAGACUGGGUAUUUGGCUACAUUUGCCCCUGAACUUAUCAACUGUCGGAUGUCGUGAUCUCAAUGGUAACUCAAACCCCCAGACUCUCGACAGCAGCCUGCGAGGAGCAGCAUUCAGCAGCUCAAAGGUCUCACGACCAGAGCGUGGAUCACACUUCUUGUAAACCUCAUCAUAUUGAGGUGGGGCUAAGAUGAGCAUAACCAGUGACGAAGUGAAUUUCUUGGUGUAUCGCUAUCUCCAGGAGUCAGGUUUUUCCCAUUCGGCCUUUACAUUUGGUAUCGAAAGCCACAUUAGUCAGUCCAACAUCAAUGGAACACUAGUGCCACCUGCUGCCCUCAUCUCUAUUCUUCAGAAAGGCCUGCAGUAUGUGGAGGCUGAGAUCAGCAUCAAUGAAGAUGGUACAGUAUUUGAUGGCAGGCCCAUAGAGUCACUGUCUCUGAUCGACGCUGUGAUGCCUGACGUGGUACAGACCAGGCAACAGGCGUUCAGAGAGAAACUAGCUCAGCAACAAGCCAGUGCGGCAGCGGCGGCCGCGGCAGCAGCCGCAACAGCGACGACGGCAGCAACCACGACAGUUGUUUCCCAGCACAACGCACCAAAGAAUGGAGAAGCCACUGUGAAUGGAGAGGAAAAUGGGGCACAUGCAAUAAAUAAUCAUUCAAAGCCAAUGGAAAUUGACGGGGAUGUUGAAAUACCUCCUAACAAAGCAACAGUCCUUCGGGGCCAUGAAUCAGAGGUGUUCAUCUGUGCCUGGAACCCUGUCAGUGACCUGCUAGCGUCUGGAUCUGGAGAUUCAACUGCCAGAAUAUGGAAUCUCAAUGAAAAUAGCAACGGUGGUUCGACUCAGCUAGUUUUGAGGCACUGUAUAAGAGAAGGAGGACACGAUGUCCCCAGCAAUAAGGAUGUGACUUCAUUGGACUGGAAUAGUGAUGGAACGCUAUUGGCUACAGGAUCAUAUGAUGGUUUUGCAAGAAUAUGGACAGAAGAUGGUAACCUUGCAAGCACCUUAGGUCAACAUAAAGGUCCCAUAUUUGCUCUGAAGUGGAACAAAAAGGGGAAUUACAUUUUAAGUGCUGGUGUUGAUAAAACAACAAUAAUUUGGGAUGCUCACACAGGGGAAGCUAAGCAGCAGUUUCCUUUCCACUCAGCCCCUGCUCUGGAUGUAGACUGGCAGAACAACACUACUUUUGCCUCCUGCAGUACUGACAUGUGCAUUCACGUAUGCAGACUUGGCUGUGAUCGCCCAGUCAAAACCUUUCAAGGACACACAAAUGAAGUCAAUGCAAUUAAAUGGGACCCUUCUGGUAUGCUACUAGCAUCCUGCUCUGAUGAUAUGACAUUAAAGAUUUGGAGUAUGAAGCAAGAUACAUGUGUACAUGACCUUCAGGCUCACAGCAAAGAGAUUUAUACUAUCAAAUGGAGUCCUACAGGACCAGGCACCAGCAACCCAAACUCCAACAUCAUGUUAGCAAGUGCUUCGUUCGAUUCUACUGUUCGGCUGUGGGACGUUGAACGAGGAGUCUGCAUUCAUACAUUAACCAAACAUCAGGAACCUGUCUACAGUGUAGCUUUUAGUCCUGAUGGGAAAUACCUGGCCAGUGGGUCCUUUGACAAAUGUGUCCAUAUAUGGAAUACUCAGAGUGGAACUCUAGUACAUAGCUACAGAGGCACUGGCGGAAUCUUUGAAGUCUGUUGGAAUGCGAGAGGAGACAAAGUGGGAGCAAGUGCAUCAGACGGAUCGGUUUGUGUUCUAGAUCUGCGGAAGUAAAGGUGAAGUGUUUUAGAAGAAAUUUCAAAUGGACCAGCAGUGAAUGUGUGGGGAGAAGCACUCUUCAAAACUAUUCUUAACAGCUCCAGAACUGUACAAACUUGAAAAAAGUUAGUGUGUACAAUGAAACCAGCUCUCCCUGGCCAGAGAAGUCUAGUAUUUUGCCCGUAACCUUCAUCAAGGAGUAAAACCACAGUCACUUCAAAGGGGGAGAGGAUGGUUUUCACCUGGAAUAUCCAGCCUUGGAAGCAUGAAGCCACCAACUAGAGACUGCACUGUUUGGUUUGCAUCUGAGAACUUGCUUUGAUGGCUGGAAAAAAAAAAGCUGUGCCAAAAAUAAUAAUAAAGAAACAAACUAAACAAAAUGCUGUGAUAAACCAAAAGGGGAAAAAAAAUCCUCCUCCAUGUGGUGUUGUAUUUUUUUCCUUCCAAUUUGGACACUACAGUUGCUCUCCCAAAGGACAUUCAAAGACCAGUUUGUACUGAUGAAAUGCGCAACUUUGUAAUCACAACACUUUCUAUUUUCUAGACUACUUUUUUGUUCAGUGGUUUUUCUAUCAGCUGGAAUAUUAUGCCCUGGAAUAUCCCGGGCUUAGGUUGGAACUGAUUUCUUUUUAUUUUUAUUUUUCCUUCCCUUCUCCUUCUUGUUUCUCUCUCUCUCUCUCUCUCUCCCUCCUUCCCCCUCCUGUGUGCCCACAGUAGAUGCAGCCAGUUGGACAUGACAACAAAAACUUUUGACAGUCUGCUUCUCCUCUUUCUCCGCCCUCCCUCCCGCCCCACCUAUUUUUUUUAAAUCCUCCAUGCUUCAGAUCUUAGCAUCUCAAGGGCACUUUCAGCAAAUUGUGUAAUAAGUGCUUUAUAUAAGAAUACAGUGCUGGGGAAGAUUUUUACAGGCGAAAGAUGACUUUUAAGAGAGAGAACCCAGUGUAUUUUUGGAAAAAAAUAUUUUUUAUGUUAAACAUAAUUUUAAAAGCCUAAAAUAGCCACCAAACGUAGACUGCUUUGUGUAAUUCAAGCAAAAGAAUGACUCAAGUGGAAUCCAAGGUACAUUAAAGAUGCAGUAUCAUUUUCCUCUCCUUUGUCUCAUAAAGUGCUGUAAGAAAAUGUCAUUUCAUACAAUAACUAUCAGGAUUUAAACAACAAUAACCUCUUCCUGCAGCCAGAAGUUUACAUGAGCUAAUUUUUAUUUUUGUGGCUGUAUGAUUUUGUACACUUAUUAAAAGAAUGCAGAAGUUUGAGGUUAUAUAUACAGAAAUCAUAUCUUUGGGUCCAUAUACCCAAAUAGUUAAAUAAAGUAGUUAAAUAAUAGUAGUUAAAGGAAAGCAAUUGUAUAUGCUCUUUCCUGGCAAAAUGGUCCCAAAUUCAUGUUAAGGCUGCAUUCUGUCACUCUCAGUCGUGUUCAUAGGACUGGAAGGGACCUUGAGAGGUCAUCUAGUCCAGUCCCCUGCACUCAUGAGAGGACUAAGUAUUAUCUAGAGCAUGCUGACUAGUACCUCACUCCACUAGUCAUCACAUUGGGCUGAUCCUCUUCCCAUCAAGUCAAUGGGACUUUUACCAGUUAUUUAAUAGGAUCACUCCUUCCCCUUUGGAUUCUCCCUGGGCACUGCAGAAGACAGCUAUCAGAUUGCCUUCUAGGAUGCUUUGCAAAUCAUGAUGACAGAGCGCAUAGGGCUAGGGAGCAGAAAAGAUGUGCCGUGGGCAGGGUUGCAGCAUCCAGUGCUGUGGAGAUUCCCAGCAGUGCUGUAGACCAUGGAGCAGCUCAAGGAGUUGGCCAUAACUUAGACAGAUCUUAAGAACUAAACCAUGCCAGGGCCUUCUCCAUCACAUGGAGCAGCCCUAGAUCAGAACAGUGCAAAAGUGGCUUAAAGCCACCAUAGCACCUCCGUAGAGAGUUGAGUGCUAUGCCUCUCAGAGUUGCCGCACAGAAUCUUACCUGUUUCUUUCAGUAGGGCUGCCCAACAGAAGUAAUUUGUAAGACCCUGACCCAUAAUGCUUAAAGCAGUGUGAAAAUGCCCAAGAUACUUAGUAUAUGGAAUUAAUAUUUUAUUUCAUCUGAUGUUUUUCUCUCUUUACUAUGACACGCUGAUGAUGUCUUGGCCUUUUCACAGGAACUAACCACUGCUCGCACAUCGCAAGCCCUGUGAUGUAUAAUUGGAGAUCAGAAAGUAAUUAAAACAAUUAAACUAUUAAGAUUUUUCAGUCCUGAAGCAGGAACAUUUAUGUGGAAUAUUGGUUAUGAAUUGCUCUUUUUUACCCCCUAAAGAAUGGAAGGUGAGAAGAAGGCAAGAGUUCUUUUCCUUGCAGUAAUAAAUCCAUAGAAAAUUAGACUUUAGGAUGUCCAGAUGACAUUUUUGAACUGUUUUAUAAUAGCUGCCUAGGCAGACCGGUUUAAGCUCAAGAUAGGAAAAAGAGUACUUGUUAGAAGAAAGAACUGAGCUUUAUUACAGAAGUUCAGUGGGGUUUUAUAAAGGACUGCUGAUUUAAUUGCUCCCUGGUGUCAUUGUGAGUGUUUAUAGUUAGCAUUUUAAGCCUGUGCCUAUGAUGCUCGGGAGCCUUGGGUUGAAUUUUCAAGGAUAACAGGAAACAGCAUCUGUUUUGGGGGGCUGCAGAAGACAUGCUCAGAAGUGUGCUUCUUUUGAGUCUGCAGUUUGCGUGACUCUUGAACCGGCCAAACAUCAAGAUGUAGUGAUGUCAAGAUAGGUGAUUUUAGUCCAGUUGCUUUUAUUGACUGACUUUCUUGCUACACAGUCAUAUCUAAAUCUGAUGGAGCCUGUUCCAGGAAUUUUAACUGGGAGAUACUUUGUGGGUGUCAAAAAAGCAUGUUUCGUUUUUGAAAUGAUAUGAAUUAGCACCAUCUUCUCUCUGCUGAGUUACAUAAAAGAAAGAAGGCAAGUAAAGCACAGUUUCAGAAUUUGGCAAGUAUCAAAUUCUCACAUGCAUCCGACGAAGUGGGUAUUCACCCACGAAAACUCAUGCUCCAAUACGUCUGUUAGACUAUAAGGUGCCACAGGACUCUUUGCUGCUUUCACAUGUAAAAGAUGCUGUUGUCCCAAGGAAGAAUUCUGUAUACAUAUACAUGUUGUUAGCCUUCUGCAGACUGGCCCAUUAACCUUCCUGGAGGCUUACAGGAAUUGUACCUUUACUGGCUGCAUGGAACUGGCCUUGAGAUAAAAUGGCAACCUUUGAAUACGUGCCCACGCUCUGCGUCUUUAAUGUAGGUUACUGCAUCUUUAAUGUAGAAAACACUGGGUCCCUUGUGGGACAUUACAGGGCCUGACAGUUACAGGGUUAAACACGCACUAACCCCAUGCUACAUCUUGGGAAUUUCCUUUUGAUUUGUUUUUAAAAAGAAAGAAAAAACAAACCUAGGUAAUUUUAGAGCCAAGUGAAGUGCACUUUGUCAAAUGUAAGGGUCUGCUUUGGUUUUGGGGUUUACUUUUUCUUUUCUUUUUUUUUUAACUUUUUUUUUUAAUUGUGGUUCUUUGUCAAUUGCAGAAAUAUUCUUUCAGCCACUCACUGAAAUUUUGAAUUCUGGCUUCUGCAGUUUUUAUUGUCUGUGUCAGACUUGCAGCCAGACUUGGUUCUCAUUUCAGCAUUUCCCAGAUUCUGUUGAAACAACUUCAAGCCCUAUUUUGUUUCCCUCCACCUGCACUCUCUCAGAAAUCACCUUGUGUAUUGUAGCUCAUUUGUUUCAAGGAGAGAAUCAACAGAUCAUAUUCAGUGUCUUGAAUAAAUUGCUAUAUUUUGAUA